AUGGAGUUCCUUGGCAGAGAGUCCGCAGGGGUCGUCUCUGUCGCGUGUAGCUCGGCGUCCACCACGUCGUUUGCCACCCUCUCGAGUCACGGCGCUCUCACACUGUGGGAUGUGCGCAUUCCACGCAGGAACUACAUGACACUUCACAAUCCAAACAAAGCCGCUGCCAAAGAAGCUUCCGAGCUGCGUUACCUACACGACCGACACGCUGCUGUCGCGCUGUGCGGCAAUACUGUGCAGCUCUUUGACACACGCAAGUGCGUUUCGUGUGUGUCCGAGUUCACGAGCGGCAAGGAGUGCGUAGCCUUCUUGAAAGACGAGCCACCGGCGAACUCGACAACGACGCUGAUUGCGGACGAGGACGGCGGAAUGUUUGUGUACGACAUUACAGACGGCUCCCGGCCUCCUUAUGUCGAGGCGUACAUCUUUGGCGAGGAGCACCGCUCUCCCUUGCCACAAGACCACCGGUUUGGGCGCCUGACAAACUACUGUAGCGGAUUGCACUGCGUUGAUCUCGCCAUUGGUGAAGGCAGCACCGCUACACGACUACUCUUUGCUGUCGGAAUGGACGGCGAGGGCGCCCUCUACAGCGGGGCCGACGACACGGAUUCCGCGCGCGUUGCGUUCUCAAUCUCGCAGGAGUCGCCGAGGAGCGGCAGUGGCCAAAUGGUGAACCCACCACUCGUCAACUGCACCGCCAUCUGUGGUGCGCAAGUGGCCGUUGGGCGGGCGGACGGCAUGUACUCGGUCUUCGAGGUUGAGCGCAGUGGACUGAGCGAGGCAAUGGCGUCUCCCGGGCACGCCAUCAACGGACUGUGCUAUGUGAACUGGGUGUCGCCCGCGGUGCUGUUGACAACGUCGCUUUGCGGCGAGAUCACAGGAUGGGCCAUCGGCGAAUACAUGACAGGCAACAGUGGAGAGGAGGAAGAGGAGGCGGAGGGGCCAGAGGUGGUGGCAGCCCUUGCGCAUCGAGAGGUACCCGGCUGCCAGCUGGCGACGGUGAACUGUGCUGACCGACUUGCUGCCAUGCGCUAUAUCUUUGGUGAUACUCUAGGCGGUGUGACACUGGCUCAGCUGGAUCUCUAA